AGGUUAUCAUUGUGAUUGCUCCUCAGUCAAACCCACGCCCAUCCCUCCAUGAUAAAAAGUUCAUGCUCCCCGUCUUUGCCCUCCUUCUAUAGAUUCUGUUCUUCCGUCGUAUGUUUUCUAUCCCAUUGAGACUUCGUUGUAUCUUCUCAAUCUUCAUCCUGUGUAAGUAAACCAAGAUUUGAUUGUAUGAAGACUUCAUCUUCGUUCGUGUUGAAAAGAAUCAGAGGACCGGAAAAAUGAAGGAGCACCACGUCGGCCUGGCCUCGCUUUGUCAACAUGGGCGAAUUAACAUUAAGCAAAGCAUUCUCAGCGGAUCAAGAACAGCAUUGCUUCUCCUUAUGAGUCUGACCUAGAGCCGACCACGAAAUGGUGACACCGAUAGCGCGCGCUGCAGCGCCUGGGACGCUGCGGCUCUCUCAGGCAACACCAUGGACCCUGGCUCUUUCCUUCGAGCCCUCAUCUACUUCAACUACGUCUGGUGACGGAGGGGAAACUAGUAAAAAUUCUACUCCCGCCACCAGCACGUCGACGUCCACCUCGUACAGAAUAUCAGUUCAGUAUUUCAAAGGUCACGAUUACUCAGUGUUGCGAGCGUUUCGAGCUACAACGACGAAGGUUUUCCAUCUGAAGCGUGGGGAAGAAGCCGUGUUGCCGGACCUAGAACCUGCAACGGCAUAUGAUGUACGGCAUGCAGUUGAAGUGAUCGAAGAGCAGGUGGAGGAUGUUGUUGAGCAGCAAUCGAGUGACGUAGGAGUUACAGGAGGUUGUACUCUUGGAGUUGGAACUGUCCUCGGUGGAAGCGUUUUUGAGUCCUCUGAAGGUGUGGAACAAAAAGAAGAUGGUCUCUUAGACUCAGCAUUUCCGACAGCUGUUGCUCUGACAGGAGGAUCGUCAAGUGAUGUAGUUGUAGGGCUAGCGCCUCAGUCCACGCCAAGAAUCGGCUCAACUACGCCAGAACCUCCACAAGCAUCAGGCAAGCUUGUAUUUUCCGAGUAUCAGGCUUUUGCCACAGUUCCGCGACUGCCAGGGCCCGCUCAACUAGCCGUUGCGGCACCAGCGCGAUGUGAUCGGGCAUUGCUCAGUUGGGAAACAUCAUCGGCAGAGUGGGGAGACGUUUGCGGUUAUUUGGUGCAGUGGGUAGAGGCGGAUCCAAGUUUGAUGGUACAACAACCAGCAGCGAGUAACACCACUGGUUCUUCUACUUCAUCUUCAUCGUCGUCGACGUACCAAUACCAAAUGGCCGUGAAUAAAUCUGCGUCGAGCAAAGUCGCAAAACUUUUUGCGGAUACUUCUGGUAAAGUGCGGGAAAAACGAGUGCGGGUGGUAAAUCACGCCGCUGGCGGUGAAGAUGGAGCUAGACAACAAGGGCAUAAUGAUGACGUCAGCUCGCUGUCUUUUCGCGCGGGUGAGUUUUCAAUCGUGGUGCCACAAGGACAAGAAUCACGAGUCGUGGUGCCUGAUCUCUUGCUAGACUGGGAUCCAACGAGCUUGUCCGAGCCGGAAGGCGCUAGUAGGGCACGGUCUGCAGUGGUGACCUGCUCUUCCCCUAUCACAGGUACAACUAGUCGUGAUAAUGAAGAUAGUGGAGUCACAGGAGGCGGAGGAUCUUCGCCUUCAUCUUCAAGCACCUCUCCUCCAAGAAAACGACAAGAUGGACAAGAAAACAGCGAUGAAGACAACAUCACUUCUAGCACGGCGCGAAGGUCUAGGACAGCUUUUCUUUGGUUGGUCGGAUUGACUCCUCUGAAACACUAUCUAGUCCGCAUAGCCGCGCUAGACCCUCCGAGACAAACAAAAAUUCCUUUACCACUAGCACUAGAACAGAAACUUUCAGCUGGUUCUGGUGCACCUCCACAGGGGCAACGUUCUCCGAGAACACCAAAUAGCAGAGAACUGCGAAUCAAAGGAACAGGCACAUCUGCUUCGAAGUCGCCAAUACCGGAGGACAUCGAGGAUACGCGGUCCCCACGUGGUUCGGUCAAGUCGCCUCUAAAAGAUGCGCCCUCUUCUAGUACUUCAUCUCCGUCAAAAAGCCCUAGUGAAGCUGAGGAAGGCGAAGGAGGUGGACUCGUAGAGGGAACCGCCAAGAAAACGAGGAGGAAUCUUCGUCAGAUAAGGACCCCACGAAGUGCAGACAGGCACGCUAGUGGCGGGAAGCCAGCUAUAGAUCUUUCAACCUUGAAAAUCCAUGAAUUUUCCGAGCCUGUCGGGUUGCAGGCUGGUCGCAUUGCAGCUGGCGUAAGCACAUCGAGCGUCAUCCAAAUUUGCAGUUCUCACCAGGAAGCGCUUGUCGGGUUUUCUGUCCGGAAAAGGCCGACUGAUGAACCUGUACGGGAGUUCAAAUUGCAGUUCACCAGCACGGUGGACGCCAAGGGACGUGCUGUGAGGCCUCCUAGCGACAGCAGCGGCAUCAUCAUUGUUUCGGAAGCAGAAGCUGCGGCACUAGGAGCUAAAGUGCGAGAUAUACUGCGAUCACGAGCAGCUGAUGUGAGGAAAACACUAGAAAAAGUAGGACUAGGAGAGGGUCCGCGUGGUGGUGACCAACUAUUACAUCAACUACAACCUGGGACUGGCACUGGUAAUGGCAUAUCACCCGACAGGCCACUCAGAGGCAGAAAGAGCAUCAUGGAUGAGUCAUUUGCUGAUCCUAUAUCAGCUCAAGUACGAAUGGCAUUUCAGUUAUCUGGUUCGUUCAUCGGUGCUGGCGAUGCCUCCUCAGAACCACAACAUCAGACUAACCAAAUCAGUAGUUUGUUGACUGAGCUGCCCUCGUCUUCGGGAUCCUCAAAUAAGAAGGUCAGCGCAAGUAGCCACUUGGUCAUAGAUGGUGCGCGACCGAGUGAAGCUGCGGCUUUAGCUGACGAACAGAUUCGUGGUGACGUCGGGCCUGAUUUUUUCCAAUACGCGGUACGGAUACCGCUCAUCCCUCCUGUGACGGACGGUGAUGCGUCUGGCACUGUCGUGAAGGCAGCUACGGGAACAAGCGGAGCAGCAGCAGGGCCAGCUGUUGGUGGUGAAACACGCGCCACCGGAGGAGCACCACUUGACGCACGUGCCGGAUCUUUGUCGAGUAAAGGCGUUGUAGCAGCCGUUGCUGCGACGAACAAUGAUGGAAAAAUAAAGCAAGCUACAACAGGUAAAAACCACGAGAACAACACGACGGAUCAUGAAACCACCGCAGGAUCCCUCUCACUAGAGGCUGGUGGGGCAGCACGAACUUCGUCUCACGCUCGUAGUGAUUCUCUUGAUACCACUGGAAGCAUGACAAGUCGACAACUCUCCGCAAUUGACGACUCUAGCACUCAAGAAGGAGAGGUGGGCAGCAUGGGUGCUGCGUGGUCCUCAAAGAAUGUUCCCGCAACUAGUGCUGGCGCUGCAACUUCAACCUCUACUUCUUUAGCAAAUACUACAACAACAAUAGUAGCUGGUCAACAACAAAAUCAGGCGAAUAGAAAUGCUCAUGAUACCCUUGUGGGCAAUCUGCGUAUCCUCGAUAAGGAAAUUGUGAGUGCGCAAUUGCGCUUGUGCUGUGUGUCGGACUUUGGAGAAAAUAGUGCUGACUGUGCAACCGUUGAUGCAGCGGUGUCGAAGCUACCGGAAAUCGAGCGACCGGAGGAUGUGGUUGCUAGCACUACGCAUGACACGUGCUUUUUCGACCUCUGGAUACCGGAUCCGACAGAAGAAAGUGUGUCGCUACUUCGCAGUAACAAACGUCUACGGGUUGGAGACGUGCUGUUGAGGCGUGAACUAGAAAUCCCAGGUUACUUUGGGAACAAGAAAAACUGGUCCGAACCUGAACGCUUGAGCAUCGACGACACAUCGUUUAGGAGGUAUCAAACUGGAAGAGCAGGCGAAAGUAGUUUAUCUUCGUCGAACAAGAAAACUGGUGUUGAGAUGAAAGACGAAACCGGACGAGCCAGCCUGGGCAUGGAGUUGGAUAAGACCUCUCUGAAAAACUCUUAUCGCUUACAGAAUGUUGAUAAGGCUCGCGUGAUGGUCCGGCUUUCUCUUCCCGCAAGUACGACUGCGGAGACUGCGUUGACUCUCAACAGUGGGCUCACCUCAGCAGGUACAGGUGAGGCGAAAGAUGUCAGUGCGGUUGGGCAUCUUGGAGGGAGGACUACUCCUGACAACAAACAACAACUGACAGGGACGACUACGUCUUCUGAACAGGUACUUCUAGCUACAACAGGAAAAAGUGAUAAAGAUGAUCCUAGCAGUCGUUACUACCACUCUGCGCCCAAACAUGAUGAUGCUACGCGGCGUAAGCGACGUGCGCAGUGGCAAGGUCGAAUCGGGAUGCGAAAGUUCGUUAAAAUUCGCGCUCACGUGACUGGUUUGCAACCUGAGACGCAGUAUGUUUUUCAAAUCGCAGCUGUGACGGAAGGUGACGGCUACCUCGGCAAGUGGCAACAGAUUUCUGUCCGCACGAAAAAGAUUGCGCCAACCAUGCACUCUGUGCGUCUCCAGUUGCACGAGCGUAACCGAACAAGUCUAGUUCUCAAGUGGGAGAACCCAGCUUUUGACCGCGAAGACUUGGUUGAAGCACACCUGGGCUUGAAUAAGAUCACAGGCUAUCAAUUACGCCAUAAACGGAAGGCAGAUACGACAUGGGCUCGAACUACAGACGUCGCAGUGCCACGAGAGCUUCUGUCUUCGCCGUCUAGUACUUCGGGAUCGAAAAUGAAAAUGCUGGCUGGAGGCGGAGGAGGAGGAGGUUCAGACAGUCGUUUAGUACAUGUUUUAGACCAUGUUUUAGACCAACAUCUUGUUCAGACGUCCAGCACAACAAGAACAAAUGCUUUUUCUUCUUCUAGAAUAGAGAAGACGCCGCUUGGAGCCAGCCAGCACGAGCUUUAUCCACAUCCAGGAAUGUCUCCAAUACAAAGGGGUAUUUCUGCGCCAAGCCGAACAACUGAACAGGAGCGAAGCGGAGCAGACGACUUCAGUUUUAGUCAAAGUCAGGCUCAGACGUCCAGGAUGUUGAGUAAGGAGAAGCACGUGUACAGCUACAGCAAUCUGCACUUGGUCUCAAAUCUCAGCGAGACCAGUGUUAGGCAAGUCCUCGAUGGAGGCGAUUUAGCCAGUGAAAUUCGCGUGGACCCCGUUGGUGCUAGUACGAAAAUUACCGUCACAACACCUGUUUUAGGACCCGGACGAGAUCCACCAGUACUUUCUUCAGCCCUGGAUCAAGCUUCGGUACUAUCUUCCUCUUGCUCUUCGCAGCCUCAAAAUAAGAGAUCGUCAUCACCCACAUCAGGAGCUAGAGGGAAAAGCUCAGCAUUCUUGUCCCACAAAUUGCCCAGUUAUUUGUUGCUCGAGAGUGAAUCACAGCAACAAGGAGGCAGUCGUGUGGAUGAAGGAGGAGGCUCUACAACCUCUACGAGAGGUACGACAACUGGCGGGCAAGCGAGAGAUAUCUCGUCGGCAACCUCUGGAGCUUUGGGUCGAACAAAAAGUGCAGCUGGAGCAGAUGAUACACUAGUAAGUCAGUCUCAGCACCAUGCACUUGCACAUGGAGCUGGUGUUGUAGGUCCAGUCGGAAGUGGUGGCGCUCGAAGUAGUCCCGACAAAUUGACGACACCUGGAGGCAUGUUGCCCUUUUCUCCCGGAUUGUCUGCUGGCCCCUAUAGCACAUUGGCAAGUCCAGUCUUAGGCAUUGAGAAUUACUACGGCAACCUCUUGGAGCCUGGAGGCGUAGACCUCUACGGGGGGUCGCCUCUCGACGAAGAGGUUUUAGUUGACGUGCACCAGGGCAUUGGUACUAGUGCACUAGCUACUGCAACGACACCAGAGGACGCAAUACUAGUUGCAUCUUCAAGUACUACAUGCACAGCAGGAGACCCUACCUCAACCGGCACUAGUGUCGCAUCUCCAGGAGCAUCCUUUGGUCCUAGUGGCGUAGGAAUGGGAUUGCGUGCCUUGGCAGCUGCGUUAUCACUAGUGCCUGCAUCGUCGCGAGAACCAGUCUCGAACGAACUUCUGUUUCGCCGUGAAACCCUUUCUAAGAACACGGCAUCGGUUGGAACAGGGAAUGAUGUUGAAGGAGAAGGCGGAAUUGUAUCCGAUGCUGCUGGACGAGAUGAAAGUGGCCAACCAUCUUCGAUGAAGCAACUGCCUCAGCACGACAACAGGGUGGUCGACAGCAAGAAGAUUUCGCUGGUGGGCUCUGAAGACGGCUUAGCAAGUGCAGCUGCUCCUGAAGACGUGCAGCCUUGGAUAGUCUCGGAGGUGGGAAAUCUAACUCCGGGAGCGAGCUAUAUUUUCGAAAUUGCAGCUGUUACGGAACGAGGAGUGGGGAACUUUUCCAAAGAGUUCAGUUUUCAAACUUUAGGUCAUGCGCCUGACAUUUCUAGACCAGUGACUGCAGUGCUGAGGCCCAAUCGCGUACUCUUAUCAGCUGAGUUGCAGAUAGCUCCUGAUGCGGACAAUAGACGGCUCAUUUCCGACUUGUGCGGCUUACAGGUGCGACACUAUGAACCGGGUACGGUGUACGGAAGUAGCUGGCUCGAAGAAGAGAUCAAGGUCUUUCAUGUCGUGGGUGGCGGCACGCCAGCAGGGUCGAUGACCUGCGAAGCGCCGUACUUUGUCAGCAUGUGCGCUGAUGUGACAAGAACAACUGGGACUUGCUCUGGUACUUCUAGUACACAUCAAGAAAAUCAAAAGUCAUCAACCACGACCUCCACCAAAAGGCACGCGAACAAAAGGUCUCCUCGAGGAGGUGGUCGGAAUGAUAGGGCGUUGUUUGAUCAUUUGCUUGAAAAUGAUGAUGGUGCUGCUGCUGAUUUGCGUCCAGAAAAGCUGGAAAAUUUCCAUGAUCAGGAGGGAGUCGUAGAUGCUCAACAUGAUCCACAUCUUCAACCGCCUCCUUUCUAUCAAACCCAAGCUGAGUUUUGGAAUAGCCUGAUGCACAUGUGGGCCCAACCGGAUAAGAAUUUGAGAAUUUUCUUCCAGGUUUCAAACCUACAGCCCGAACGCAAGUACGUCUUUCAAGUAGCGGCGCGAACUUUCUGUGGUGUCGGAAAGUGGAGUGCAGAUAGCGAGAUCAUCCUGACGCAUCGUAUGGCCCCGAUCACGAGUUUGCCACAGUUACUGGACACAAGCGUUCCAGGUGCGGGAAAAUAUCUUGGCUAUCAUCGGGACACUGUGGUGCGCGAUUUUCGUGAUCAAGUGGAGAGGGCAACGCCUGCUUCGUCGAGCAUGCUCCAUGGUGGAGUAACAUCAGAAGCUGCGUCAGUGGCAUCUGCAGGUGGCGGAAGUGUUGGGUCGACGACGGUCGCUACCGCAUCAGAAGCUACAGGCGUGGGAUCACAUGGUGGCGAUCAACUGCACCAUGAUCCUCAUCACGAGGAGGAUCCAAACACCGGAGUACUUUCCCUUCAAAGUGGUCAAAUCGUUUUAACUGACGGUCGUGCGCGUGAGCUCUUGUCCGCUAUCCACGGCACAUCUACCGCUGCUGCCGCGAGGACUGCAGUGUCAAAGCUAGUGAAGGAACCAGUGACAGCAAUCACACUGCAGAAAACUUUGUCAGAACUACCGGUUCUCCCAAACUGGAUGCAAGACAUCAACAACAAUUGGUCUGAGUUAGCGCUGGUCUUUAAUGGAGGACAGACUUUCCGUGUGGCGGGUGAAAGUUCUUGUGGUAGUACAACAACAGGUCUUCAUGACUCAAGAACACACUUCGGACGAGGUGGUGCGUCAUUUCCUGGAUGGGCACCAGGUGGCUUUCAUUCUCCUUAUAACUAUGAUACGGCAGCAGGUGGAGGUGGCAGUGUAAGUACGCAUCAUCCCGCCGCUGGCACACCAGGAAGUGCUAGUGCGACAGUGUCACCAAUCAGUCCAGCGCGAAAGAUUUUUCCGCCAUUGUUGCCGAAUAAUCCGAGACCCUCUGCUGGAACAGGUCCCGGAAUCAACAACCCAGCCGCGCCGCCUCCAACUGCUGGUGUUCUUGGUAGCGCUUUGGGCGGAGGAUCUGCAGGUACUGGUGUCGUCUCCACCCGCGCUCCUGUGUGGGAAUUCAGUAAUUCAAUCCUUCAAAAACCCUCAGGAGAGUGGCCAGAGGAAGCAGGGAUCAAGAAAGCAAUGGCAGCCUUGCCAAUUUUCACAGAUACAACAGUUGGUCUGUCUUGGCGAUGUCCUCUGGUGAGCACAAAAGAGGAUCGCUUGUUGAUGAAGGCACUGAAUACCAGACGCGGAGGUGGGGCUUCUGGAUCUGGAGGGGGCGGAGGACAUCUUGAAGACGGACAUGACGAAACUCGUCUUGCUGCUGCUGGUGUGAUCGAGGAUCAUCAGGAGGAUAUUGCCUUUACGACAACAUCAAACCAGCAUGACCCAGAGGCAUUAACGAAGCAAGUGAGGAAAAAUUUCACAGUUUUACCAACUACAACAAAUGGGGCUCUUGCGGCGUUUGAUCCGUCGUUCUUCGGAGCAGCGGCUUCACCGCAUCAUGGAUUCAACAUCCCGUGUUUGAACGGCGGUCGAAAUCUACCAGAGCUUUUGCGGCGUACAGUCCAGAAGACAGGCGCGACUUUGCUUCCGUCUCCCUCUCAUGGCGAAGACCUGUUCAACUGUUCAGUUUUUCCGCCACCAGACGAUCAGGAUGGCGGCUCAGCAGCAUCGACACCUCGUGGCGACGGUGGAGCAGUUUCCAUGACGUCGGCUUCCGCCGGAGGUAACAAGAGUCAUAAUACGCACGGCAAGAGCAGAAAGGGGAGAUCUGGUAAUCCUCGUGGGCAAGCAGGAACACCAGGAGCCACAACUAGCACUUUUUUCAAAAGCAAUGCACUACAACUCUCUCGAGGAAACAAGGACAACCACAGUGCAAUGACGAGUCACGGAAGCACGUCGUCUUUAACCAGUCAUUCUACUAGUGAUUCGGAUAAGAAUCCAACCACUGUCAUUCAGAACCCAGGCGAGCUUUUUGCUGAGCGAGCACGAAAAGUAGGCUUCGACAAGGUCUUCUCCGUAGACAGCCCACCUCUGCUGUAUGAAGUGCGGUACCGGCAGAUUGAUCCUGAAACGCAGAGGGAACUAGGACCGUGGAAGAGCGUUCGGUGUACGGCGAAUCAUGAGAUCGGUAAGUCAGAGGUUCUCCUCGAAGAGAUCAGCGAGGGGGAACUAGUGGCAGUUUUUGGCGGCGCAGCAUGCAUGCGUUCACCAGGCUUCGGAAUACCCAGUCGCCACGGGGCUGCACAUGCACAAGCCGUGGAAGCAUUGUUAGCGUCUUACAAUACGCUUGCGUCGCCACUGUUGCCGACUACAGCAGUAGGAGGUGGACGAGGGGUGUCGAAGAAAGGGAGUGCUGGAGCGGCUACUUCAGCUUCUAACGCAGCAACAGGCUCUACCGCUGCUGCAGCUGCUGGUACAACUAACUCCGCAUCAUCCACCACCACCGCCGCUGAUCCGGCAUCCACAAAGCAUGACACUAGUACAGCAGGAGUCGCUACCGGCUCCUCAUCAUCAGCCUCGUCAACGACCACUGGAGGUAGAGGUACGUCAAACCCAAAAAGUGGCCGUCUGUUCGAAACAGAACAGGACUUGCGAGAAGGCGUCGAAGCCUACAUCGAUGCAAUCCUCGGAAACUGGAACUUCCUAUCCCGAACUUGGGCUACUAAGAUCCUAGGAGGAAUGCUUUCCACGCGAGAGGGACUGAUUUCGCAAGAGUAUACAGGGAAGAAGGCUUUUUUAAGUAGUCAACAGGGGGAGCAUCAAGAAAUCCAUGUCCACUCUGGUCCUCAACAAGUACAGGGGACGAUGACACAGAGUUUCGCCAGUGCUACUUCGAUGAAUCCGACGUCUACUUCCUCUCUGUCCUCCGCCGAACAAGAGGCGGCUCGUCUCAAUCAUGUGGUGAAUCCUCUCCAUUUCGACGAGCGUGCCUUUGUGCGGACCUACGACGAUCAGGAAGAAAGGCACAGACUUUUUGUUGGUGCCCCUGGUGCGGGUGGAGGUUCCGGAGAGAGCGGGACAGAAUCGGAAGGCACAUCACAACAAGUGGGUAAGACCACUACGAGAGGGGCACUCGGACAGCUGCAACCUGGUCCAUCUGGGGGUCAACAACAGAAUCUACCUGGUGCGUCUGCUUCUGUGCUCAAGAUGAGUCAGGUCUUCAACGACGACUCCUCAACUACCAGAAUGGAGUUCGCACAUCGUUUUACAGAGCACAGCAGUUGGCCUGCCUGUGUUCGCGUGAUCCUUGCCGAUUAUGCUGCUGCUGACGGUGGGAUCGAUCGAUAUUCUGAGACAACGAAUCUGAUCGUUCCAGGUCUAUUGCCUGGCACCGCUUACGCUUUCCAAGUACGUCCAGUGACACAGUGGCAGCUCUCCCAGCUGUGGCAAAAGAAUGCAAAGGUGUUUCAACAAGAGUUCGUAAAGUUCCAUCAAACAGUGUUUCUGCCGAACCGGGGUGGACCUCAACAGCAACAACUAGUAGACCUCCAACCUGCUACCUCCAAAAACGCAUCUGCUUACCACGCAAUGCCUCCCGUGCUGAGGAAUUUCACCAUUGCUCAGCUUUCCGGUAGCAGUUACCUGCUUACUGAGCGUCAUUUCUGCGAGAACUCUCCGACGAUAGCGACACUUCGAUCUGCGCCAGUCAUUGCACGCUUGCAAAUCACUGAGACUACGAUGACCAGUGCGACCUUCUGCUGGUGCGCAGCAGAACUGCAACCGAUGUUGCUCAAUCGUCUGAGACUAGAGGGUUUCGAGGUUCAGCAUUAUGCGAAGAAGAACGACAGAAUUAUAGGUCAAGUCCAAACCAUCACAGUGGAGAGAAACAUGCUGUUACAUCAUACCAGGGUUCUGGACAACGGAGUAGCAGUCGCGAGAGAGGCUAGGAAAGCUUUGACAGCGGAGCACUUUGCAAUGAUAGCAGAAGGACAUCAUGGGGAAGAUGAUGCACUUUGUCAAUAUGACGGGAACUAUUUUGGGGGUUCAGGACGAGCACAGCAGCCUUUUGGGCACUUCGGAACGGCGAGUGGUUAUUCAGGAGGACGUUUGCCGGAUCAGCUUGGAAGGGAUGACGAUGUUUUUGCCACAGCAACAACACGUGACGUCAACCGUCAGCAGCAGCAACUUCUGCCUCUCUCACCAGCGCAAGAAGCGGUUUUGCGUGAGGUCGAACGUCAGCAGCCUCCUUGGGCAGUUGCCGUCGUUUAUGGAAAGUUGAAGGUUGUGGAUCUCGAAAGCGCAACUGACUAUUUCGUGAAAGUUCGGGCUAAGACCGCAGCGGGCGUUGGUCCUUGGUCCGCAGAAAAAGCAUGCAAGACGACCUUGUCUCUCCGUCCACCGGCCGCCCCCCAGCUUGUCUAUGCGGAAGCGCACACCCUGAAUCUUUCCAUUGUCCUAGAUGCUGAGCAAAUGCAAAGGUUUAGAUUUUGGGAAGUCCGUCUCCAUUUCUUGUCCGAUCACGCUAAGAAGCGCUCGCCAGAGGUGUCUCGCGUCGUCGAUGCAGCCGUCAGGAAAAGCGGCGCUUCCAAAAUCAUAUUAGCCGUGGACCACCUAGACCCUGGAAAUACGUACCAAGUACAAGUACGAGGUGUGGCCUCUGACGGAGUUUUGAAGAGCAGCUGGUCUGAGCGAUCACCACUGAUCAAAACAAAUAGCAUAGAAGGCAUGCUAGGAGGUGAUGUUGGAGAAGGUCAAGGAGUUGGAGGUAAUAUAGGUCCCGGAAGUGGGAAAGGUGCUAUUGUAGGAGGUAUGACUGGAGUUGGAGGCAGAAGGACGAUAAGUGGAGUAGGUGGCCUAGAUUCCGCUUUCCACCUUGACUCAUCUCGAGGACAUCAAGGUCCUUUGCCAGGUGACCUCACUACCGGGUCUCACCAAGUUGUACCCUUCUCCUUCGCAGGAACCACACAUCAGUCACCUCUAGGAGGGACAGUGCAAGCACAAAGUGUGAGGCAGAGACGUAGCGGUGGUUUGAUCGGCAAUAUGCCUACACCGAAUUCAGGUGUAGUGGAUCCAACCACUGGUGGAGCUCCUUCGCCUGGGACACCAGGCCUCCUUAUAGGUGGUCCUGGAGGUGGUGAUUACAACCCGAUGGACUCACUUGCUGGUCGUAACUACUACGGCACAACUGCCACACAGCAGAGUGAUUACGUUCAGCAGAUCCAAGGUGGUAUGAGCCCCGCAAGAAUGUCUCGCGCUGAAUUUCUUCAACAGCAACAGGAUUAUCUUACCAAGACUGGAAUAGGAGGUGGAAGCAGGCCCAUGACUCGCAUCCGCAUCGAUUCAGGUGAUGAGACCCUCUCUGCCGAAAGACUUAAGCAAAUGCAAGCAGAAGCAACGGCGGCGAAGCAUCCUAAAGACGUUUCUGGUUUGGACACUAAAAAAUUGGAGAGCAGUGACACGUCUAAGCAGUUACAGUCGCAUCUAGAGAGUAUUUUGAGGUUUGUUGUCACGCACGCAUUGAAGGGGACCGGAAGUGACAGAGGAUUGAGAAUCCAAUCUAUAUCGGAAGCAGCGCGAACACAUAGGGCGAUGUAUGGAAGCACAGAGGCAGCGAUUCAAAUACUGAUCGAUAAAGCAGAGAAUCCAGAUGGUGUCACAACUGCGACAGAUGGAAGUGCUGGUGCGUCUUCGCCUGACGGUUCUGGAGCUGGAGCGGGUUUAGCAGGUAGUUCCGAUGAAGGAGGAGGAGGAGAUUCUUUUGGGGCGUCGAGUUUUAUCGGCAAUGGAUUUUUUGAUAACACGAUUGAUGCCGAAAAGGUUGUCGAUUUUCUUGUUGGAUUAGUCCCUGUUGUCGGAGCCAGCAGCGUGUUUCUCAAGGAUUUGUUCUAUCGAAUCCGAAACUGCGCUCUAAUUGCCGAGCUCUACGGUCAUGACACGGAGAACGAUCUCGAGGCACAAGCAUUGAUUUUGACAUGCUUGAUUCCUGGUCAAAAUAUCGAGAAUAUCCACCGGAAAAACGAACAGCAACAAGAAGGAGCUGGUCCGGGAGGAACAGGUGGGGAGGGUGAGGUAUCAGUAGGAGGAGGUGGAUCAGGAUCAUCGUCCUCAGGUGGCGGACCGGGGGGUGGAGGCGGUGGUGGAUUCAUGGCGCGCUCACCCCACGCAGGAGACAUGAUUGGUUCCACCUACGGAGGAGCAGCCAGUCCGUUAUAUCAUCGUGACGACAUGAUCGGAGGAGGCGGGCCCUUUCCAGGUGGCAGUAUGGGCAUGGGGAGGACAGAUGAAGGCGAACCUUCUGGACCGGGUGUGGAAAACCUCAGUGAUAUGGUAGAGAUCCACGAAUUAGCGGAUAUUACUGGUGCCGUGGCUCGCGCGGUGGUGAAGGAAGUAGUGAUUUUAGCAAGUGGCAUUACGAAAUUUUCACGGUUGAUCGAUAUUGUCGACGACUUGGUCUCCUACAAGGGAAAGGGGCAAUUAUCUAGCAACCAAGGCGCAAGCCCAGAAGCUCUUGCUGCGGCAAUCUUCCAGCCUCAACCCAGAAACGAAACGCCAAUCGUCCUCGGCGCUUGCCUUUUCAUAUGGCUUUUACCCACUAUGCUCUCCGUGACGCGCUUUCUGCUCACUCGCAUUCUCCCAGUCCUCCAGAUCUCCUUGAUCACCAAAAUCGAUUUGACUCUGGGCAUGGUGUUGUGCAUCGUGGGACUCACCUUUGCGCUUUCUGUCCCUGUGGUGCAUCGCGCGCCACGGUUUUACGCGUACGUGACUGAGACACUGAGUAGUUUGCCUGCAGCGAUCGUGUUCGGGAUUCACGCCAUUCUUCCUGGUGUCGGCUGUUGGCUGGGAACGCGGGACUUUCUGUCGCCGUUGUUGGAACAUGACAAGGGAGGCUAUUUGCUCAUGCCACUGGGUACCGUUGCGCUGUUGGCUUGGUUCGGCCGCUGGUGCGACGACAGGGAGCGCGCGGCGUUGCUGGACGAAACACCGCCUCCUUGGUGGAUCGUGUACAAGGCGCAGGCGCUAAGCGUUCGAGUUAUCCUCUAUUGGGCCUUGAUCGCGUUCUUCAUUUGGGAAGAGCUCAUCGCACGUUUUCUCAUACCAAAAAGCUUUACCACGCUGCAAUCUUUGAAGUUGAUUUCCCCUGACGAGAGCUUGCUGAGCUUUCAGACAGUCUAUUUCUCUCUGGGUCUUCUUGGCCAGAGAGCUCAGGAGCACCUGUUUGAAUGUUUGACGAAGCGGACGGUUUUGCUGCGACUACUUGGUGCGAAGACGGCGAUCUACGGUGGCGUCUUGGCACUCUGCUCAGGUGUCUUUGCGAUGUUCAAUUUGUCUGCGACUGUGGCUUUCUUGACCAACAUAAGUCCGACACCUCCACAAUGCCUGGUUGUUUUGGUAACGAGGAAAAUUGGAGUGGGGUUGGGAUUUGCAUUAUGAAGAAGAUAGAUCGAUGUAGUCAUAGAAAGAUUAACAUUAAGAUGUUAGUUUCUACUCUAGCUAUUUUUGGUACAGCCGGACAAGCACUUGUAGAAAAAAUUGGAUCAACCUGUUGUUCCACCGGGAGGUGGAUCCUCAAACAUGAAAGACCACUAAGAACUAGAUGAGACGAGAUCAAUACUAGAGACGAUCAUGUCAUCGUCCGUAGAGAAGUACGUAGUACAGUGAUCGCUCACAAUCAUUUUUCCAUUACAGUGAUGUUGACGCAUCAACUACAUCUUUUCUCUCAUCUCUAACUCUCAUCCCCGUCGCUUGGGCUCUGUGCAAGGGCCUAAUUUUGCAUGCUGGGCUUCCAGAGUUUGCGGUGAUCUUUGCGGGAGCUUCUGGCUUGGCAGCUGGCGUGAUCAUCAUGUUGCGCUACCAGUGGGAAGAGCGCACCCACUUUCGAGCCGUUCAUAGCAACUACAGGAUUCUUCUCUUGUUCCCUCAUACAUCGAGGAGUGCCAGAGACAGGGCAGAGAAGGCGAUGGAAUUAGCCAUGCGACGAACUGCUGUCACGUCUGCGAAAGUCGCUGGAGGCUUUGUGUCCAAGAAUUUGGUGCGACAGUUGUUUUCCUUUGGUCGCUACGUGUUUAGUGGAAGAGGUGGAAGGUGAUGCUGAUGAAGUUGAAGGACAUGAUAAAGCCACUGGUGUUCCUUCUUGCCUUUUGGAUCCGGCUGUGCAUUUUCAAAACUCUUUGUUAUGUCCUUGAGUAGUUCUUGUUGUACAAGAAGUUGUCUCUUCUAAAAAGUAGUACCAAGAACAGAUGAAGAUCAUGAGCCAAAGCUUACUAAACGCUUGAAUGCUAUGAAAAAGUAACCAAGAAAACAACAUUCAACAUAAGUUGUAUUUAUCACGUUUUUAUCUAUCAUUUUCAUCAUCUUCAAUUUUGUUCUGGAGCGAAACUGGAUGUUGAAGACAUCACAGCAAAAUGGCCCAGACCUUAGCACAAGGAGAAUAUACUCACAAACUCUAAAAACUCAUUCAUUCUGAUCAUCAUGAUUCAGCACAUAAAAACUGGAAGCAACAUGGUGCUGGGAUUUCUUGUUGAUUCACAUACACUCACACAGAGUCUUCCUGCUCUUGAUGACAGCACACAAGAAGUAGCGCAUGAAGACGAGGAUAAAGAAGUCCUCAGCCACGCUUUGGUGCAUGACUGAUUACAAUUGCUGCGAAAGUCAACCUCAUCUUCAUCUGUAGGAUUGUCGAAUUGUCCUCUACAGCCACAGGUCGAAC